UAGAAUUAAACACACAAUUCCGAACUCACGCCAAAAAUGAUUUUGAAAGAAAACUUGUAUAAAUUAAUGAACAACGCGGUAUUCGGGAAAACCAUGGAGAAUGUGCGUAAUCACGUUAACGUUAAAUUAUUGACGAAAUGGAAGGGUCAGCACGGUGCGGAGGCAAUGAUCGCGAAACCGAAUUUUCAUAGUCAUAGCAUUUUUUCAGAGAAUCUUAUUGCCAUCGAACUAAGAAAACUCAAGGUGAAAUUCAACAAACCGAUUUACGUAGGCAUGUGCAUUUUAGAUCUUUCUAAGACGUAUCUAUACGAAUUUCAUCAUGAGUAUAUGGUACCUUUGUAUCGCGACAAAUGUAAAGUCAUGUACACUGACACCGAUAGUCUCGUAUACCACGUCGAUUGCGAUGAUGUUUAUGAGACGAUGAAACGCGAUAUUGCUAGGUUCGACACGAGCGAUUAUCCGGUCGACAACGCGUACGGUAUGCCUCUCAAAAAUAAAAAAAUACCUGGGCUAAUGAAAGAUGAAAACAAUGGUGCGAUAAUGAUCGAGUUCGUCGGACUUAGAGCAAAAAUGUACGCGUUGAAAGUGAACGGGAAAAAGGACACCAAAAAAGCAAAAGGUGUCAAGAAUAACGUAAUAGCGCGAGCCAUAACGUUCGAAGAUUACACCCGCUGUUUGAGAGAUGAAAUCGAGAUGACGCGUCGCCAGUCGUGUAUACGAUCCAAGUUACACGAAGUAUACACGGUGUCCGAAAUGAAAAUUGCUCUAAGUCCGUACGACGAUAAGAGAUAUCUCGUACCCAAUUCGAUCGAAACGUUACCGUGGGGACAUUAUCGGAUACCCCUAUAAUAUAUUUGUAUAUAUUUUGCACCUGAUGUACUUG